GGCUCUGCCGGGAAUGUUUCUCAAACCCCUGACUUCCAUCUCAGAAUUUUCGAAUCAUGCUCAUCUAACGAUGUAACUCUUUGCCCACAAAUCAGUUCUCGAAACUUGAACCCUAAAAACCCAGUCAAAUGGCGGAUGUUGAGGAAGAAGAGGCGCCUCCCGACCUUGGAGAUGAGCAGCCCGAAGGCGAAGAAGACGAGGAGGCGGUCGAGGCCGAAGAGCUCGAAGGCGAAGACGCCGGCGAGGAGGAGGACGAGGGCUCGGAAGGAGAGGAAGAGGAUCUGUUCGAGCUUUUGGUAGAAAGCGAGUCGGACGACGAGGAGGAACGUGCCAUGUACCAGGAGUACCUGGCGGUGAUCAAUGCGGUGGACGCUCAGAAUCUGGUCAUUCAAGAACUGAAGGACAGGGCAGCCGUGCUAAUGGCCAAGCAGUGCAAGACCUUCAGGGACAAAGAGGAGUACAAGCGCCUGAGGACCUGCAUGGAGCAGGAGGACUUCAACCUGCGAACUCUCAUCAACCGGGCGGUGCAGCUCCAGAACUUCGGUUCCCGCCGGAUGUACGGGGCUGUGGAGAUGCAGACGACGGAAGCUGAGGGCUCCUUCUUCACCGGGCUCCCAACGUCGUUCCCCGCCAUGCAGAGCGAGGAGUGCUGUUUGAACAAGGGCCUGUGCUGCUCGGACUCCGAUUCCGACUCCGAUUCGAGCUCCAAUUCCAACGACAAUGACGGGUGGGUUGACUGUUGGAAGUAGACUGAAGCUGUUUGAUUGGGUGCAGAGGUGUUUGUCUGGUGGCAGCCAAUAAAGUGUGGUUUGAUAGUGGCAUUUAAACACGUAA